AUGCAACAACCUGAUUAUGACUCGGGAGCAGACUUACCAAAAGCAUAUUGGAACAUGAAAUUUUUCAAAAGAAUAAAAUCAGUAAUAUAUACAAAAUUACAUAGAGCAGCUAGAAGACUACUAACAACAAACCCAAAUGUGAAUUGUUACUUUAGAGUAAUUGCAAAUCAAAAUAAGUUAAACAAUCUAAAAGAUUCAACUAAUUACCCAAUAACAGCAGGAGUAAACUAUGCCGCUGACAAUUGGCAUGAUACAGGAUUAGUAGGCAGAAGCCAAUGCACAUAUCAAACACCUCAAAUAUCAUUAAGAGAAUUACUAGAUAAUACAUAUCUAACAGAUAAAAUCCAACUAGGAAGACAAAAAGAUUUCCAAAACCUUAUAUACAAACCAGAUUAUGGAACUGAAAAUGAU